GACAAUUACAGCCGAAGCUUGCAAAUUAUGUUUUAUGUUCUAUAUUGUUUUUAUACUUGUUUCCAGUUUCAACGCAACAAAACUAUAUUCCAAAAUGAGAGUGUGAUCAUCAACAAUAUUUGAUUAGAUUCUUUUAUAACUAAGGCUCAUUUUCCACGUGUGGUGUUCUAUAAAAAGUUGUUUACGAAUGACGCUACGAGCUCAUGUUUAAUUUACCAUCUAUCCAUCACUAAGAACAUUUAUAUUUUGAAACGAUAACCUUUAACAUUUUAUUCAUAAAUUUCCUUGACAAAUUAAGUGAAAAUGUGAACAGUGCUAAGUGUCGAGAAUUAUUUCUAUUGGGUAUGUCGUGACGAAACUGUAACAAUAAUGUUAACGGUAUUAUUGGUGGCACUCCUAUUUGCAAUAUCGAACGCAGACGUCGAGACGCAUUGUAGUAAUAGUUCAGAUACGAGCCUUACUUUCGUGCCAGCAAAUGAUGGCGUGGAUGGGAGAUAUCGUGUGGAAUGGUGUACGACGCCUAAAUCGAAGGACAAGGUGACGAGCUGGGAGCUCACGUUACGCUGCAAAGAAAAUACCACCGAGGACAAAUGCCAUGGCGAUGCCUUCCUGUAUGUGAGACAGGGUCACUCGUUUUUCAACAAAGAUGUGAAUAUUACAAAUUUAAAUUGUACUAAUGUAUGUUUCGCUACUAACCUUGAUCUGAUAUUCAAUGGUACUUGUUACUUAGUGAAAACAUUCCUACACUAUGGAAAGAUCAGCGGCAGUCCGGAAGAUCAUCUGUUUUAUAUUACAAAUGCAUAUCCCAAGGAACGUUUUACUAACAGUGACACCAGGAUUUCCAUACAGAGCUUUAACAAUGAACAGCUCACAGUCAUGUGGUUCUUGAGCUACAUCCCAGCAACUGACUACACAAUGAGCUUAUGUGUGCUAUCCAACACUACUAAUGAUGAGGCGUGCGCGGACGUGUCGCGGUACUGCGGCGCGCGCGGGCGGCAGCUGAGCGAGGUGCGCUGCGAGCUGCGCGCCGCGUACGGCCGCUACAACAUGCGCCUGCAGCACUGCGCGCCCUGGGACACCUCGCCGCUCUUCCGCCGCCUCACCAACGCCAACCGCGUCUUCACGCACGCGGCGGAGCGGGCGCCGCGCGACGAGGGGGGCGGCGACGCGCUGUGGUGGGUCGGCGCCGCGCUGCUGCUCGCGCUCGCGCUCGCCGCGCUGCUCGCCGCCGCCGCGCGCUGCCGCCGCGCGCCGCCGCUCGAAUGGGCGGCGGCGGAGAACAAGGGUGUGGGGGCGGAGAUGGUGGGUGCGGGGGGUGCGGGGGGCGGCGGGGGGGCGGCGCGCGACAAGGUGCUGCUGCUGUACGCGCGGGACUGCGCGCCGCUCAUGCGCCUCGCCGCGCGCCUGCGCACGCUGCUCGCGCGCGCCGCCGACGGGCCGGUGUACGACCUGUACGAGCUGGGCACGUGGCGCGCGGCGGCCGGCGCGCCCGGCGAGUGGGUGCGGCGCGCGCUGGCGCGGGACGACGUGCGCGUCGUGCUGCUGCAGGCGCCCGCCGCCGCGCACCUGUGCCGCCCCGCGCAGCGCGACAACCUGGCGCUGGAGCAGCCGCUGCUGGGGCGCGCGGUGGUGUACCGCGCGCCGGCGGCGGCGGACGCGCUGGCGGCGCUGGCGCUGCGCCUGCUGCACGAGGCCGCGCACACGCGCCCCGCGCUCGCCUACCGCAAGUGCUACAAGGCCACCAUAAGCGGGCUUAAAGUGGACCUGGCGCCGACGAUCACGCCGCUGCGCUGGUACGAGCUGCCCAAGGACAUUCUGCUGCUGCUGCGGGACCUGGACCCGAGCCUGUUCCCGCCGGACGCCCCCAGCGCCCCCAGCGCCGACACCCCCAACACCCCCAACACCCCCACGUCCCUCCAGCUCGACGCUGACUUCAGACAGGAGCUGCAAGACUUCAACGAGGCGGUCGAUGAGCUGCUAGAUUACGUGAGGGAGAAUCCGGGAUAUCUGAAUGACGAAGUGCUGUGCAUAUAGAUGGUGCUGUUGUAUGUUGUUGUUGUUGUUGUUGUUCUGUUGUUGUGUUGUUGUUAGGCUAGAUAAAUAUAUGACAGAGAGACACUAGUUUUUUAUUUUGUACAAUAUAGGGAAAGUGUGUUCAAUACCAAAUUAUUGUUGUUUUUUGUUUUUGUAUUUUGUACGGUAAGGUGGUUUGGAGUUUGGAGGGCGAAACCGAUUGUCUCAUCAGUUUUAUUUUAGUUUAUUAUUUUUAUUUAAGUUAAUUAUAAUGUAAAUAUAAGUUAUGGCUGUCAUGAAACACUAAGAGGACAAAAAGAAAUCAAUUUUGAUUGAUCUGUGUAAUUACACAGAUAACCCCAAAUCGAGUCAUAACUGAAAAGCAGCUGUUCACUUUAUUUUAUCUAUAAGCGAUUAUUAUUAAGUGUAAUUAUAUACAUAUUACUAAUAUUAAGUUUUUACACAAGGUCGUAGGGUCCAUGUAUUUUUUUUUUUUUUCAUUUAAAAAUAUUACGUUUCAUGAAACCAAAAACGAGUAUUUUGUAGUAUUCUUCAUUAGGAAUUUAUCUUUCAAAAAGUGCGAUAGAUAAUAAAGUGUAUCGGUAUAUAAAUUUAAAGCUAAAAGUUUGAAAACUUGUGCGUAAGAAAAAACAAAGCAUAUAUUAAAAUUUUAUUUGUACAUUUUAUGUUUAUUGAACAUAACUUCUUUGAAACUGUCACAUACACUAUCUGUAAAUAUAUUAUAUGUAUGUAAUUUUGAAAUAUACAAUUCCCACGAAUUUUCAAGAUGGAAAUGUUCGUUCAAAACAAUUGGAGUAUUGAAUGACUUAUAUCCU